AGAGAGAGCGACAGAGAGCGAGAGAGAGCGCGUGAGACACCAUCGCCAGCUUCGAUGUCUCCGCCUCCCAUUUCCGGUUCUCCAGGACUCGUACAAACCCCUAAUUCUGCUCCCCUGUCUUCACAAAUUCCACACCUCCAUUUCCACCAAAAAGUCGCCGUUUGAUUGAUCCCUCACAAUGUCGGCGAUCUCGAACUUUCCGGCGGCUCACCGGCAUCGCGCAGCGCCAGUGGGGGUUUCGGAGGCGGGGAAGUUUGGGUUUCGGUCGGCGGUGGCUUCGGUGCCGUUCCAGGAUGAUAUAUUUUGGCGUUCUCAGUCAGCUCUUAGUCACUCAAGGAAGGCAGCUAAAUAUCCAAGUGUUCAAAUGGCAUUAGUCGAUGAGAGGGUUGCACAUGGUAGAAAUCUGGCAAAACCUUCCAGAAUUUUGGCAUAUGAUCUUGUUCAAGGACCACUUGUAAGAUGGAGUUCUAUUGCAGACAAGUCAAUUCCUGAUCCUCCAACAGCUGUUCUUGUGCAUGGCAUUCUAGGUAGCCGGAAGAACUGGGGUACCUUUGCUCGGAGAUUGGCCCAGGCAUUUCCAACAUGGCAGUUUCUCUCAGUAGACCUGCGGUGCCAUGGUGAUUCAGCAUCAAUUAGUAAGAGGGGCCCUCAUACUGUUGCUGCAGCUGCUCUUGAUGUCCUAAAGCUAGUUGCACAGCUUAGAAUAACACCUCGAGUUCUAGUUGGUCACAGCUUUGGAGGAAAAGUUGUCUUGAGCAUGGUGGAACAAGCUGCAAAACCUCUUGCACGACCAGUCAGAGUUUGGGUUCUAGAUGCAACUCCUGGGAAAGUUCGUCCUGGUGGAGAUGGAGAGGAUCAUCCAGAGGAACUAAUAUCUUUCCUUAGUAAAAUGCCCAAUGAGAUCAGUCAACCAAGUUGUGGAGCAACUACCUCAACAACUGAGGCUUUUUUUGGGGACCUCUUGCCUCCCGUGUUUUCAAAGCGGGAUGUUAUGAAUGCUCUUAUUAAAGAAGGAUUUUCCAAAGAUGUGGCACAGUGGGUGGUAACAAACCUCCAACAGACCAGUUCCCCUGGUUCAUCAUCGCCAAGCUUCUCAUGGGUGUUUGACCUCAAGGGAAUUGCUGAGAUGUAUCAAUCCUAUGAAGAAACAAAUUUAUGGAAUAUUGUGGAAGAUGUACCACGGGGUGUGCAUGUGAAUUUUUUGAAAGCAGAAAGGAGCUUGCACAGGUGGGCCCUUGAGGAUCUUCAGAGGAUUCAUGCUGCUGAGGAUCUGGCUGCUGAUGAAGGUGGUGGAGUGGAAAUGCAUGUUCUUGAAGAUGCUGGUCAUUGGGUGCACGCUGAUAACCCAGAUGGCCUCUUCAGGAUUCUCUCCUCUUCCUUCCAAGGAAUCAAAACCUAACGAACUCCCGAAUUUUCACUCCGGUUCAGUGUCAGCAUUCCUCAAGUUUUAACCAAUCGUUGUUUACCGUCUUCAUACAUUUAGCUUUUCUUUUCAAAAUUUCUGCAUUUGUUUGUAUCAUAAUAGUUGUGCAUAUUCUUUUCUUCCCAUGUCUGUUCACCACAAGUCAUCAUUGGUUUGUCCCAAUACUAAAGUGACCACUUCUUGAAUCAAUCAGUUUUGUAAUGCAUAGCAAAGGUUUUAUAUACCAUUAGGAUCACCAUCAUGGAAGUCCUGAAUAAACGCGUUCGCUGGCUGCCAAAAAUGGAUUCUGGGAAAAUUCUUUGAAAUUGCAGUAGCUGGAAGGAAACAGGAAGGAGGGAAAAAAAGGGGAAAGAAAAAGAAAAACUGGUUAUCGGCUCAAAGGAGAUGAGACAAGGAGACUUCCUAUACGUAUCUUUGGUUUCUAGUGCUUCAUUUGUACUGCUGGAGUAUGUCUCAUUUGAAUCAUGUCAACAUAUAGUGAAUCAUGUCAACAUAUGGUUUUUACCCAAUAUUUAUGUCUCAUUUGAACGA